CUUCUUCUCUUCUCAGUUCUCCAACCAUUUGCUUGCUUGCGCUCUUGUUGGUAGAGGCCUGGCAUCAAGGAGUAUAUUACUGUUUGCUUGUAUUUUUGUUCUUGCUCAGCUGGAUCGACUAUGAGAUGGAAUCAUGGUUUUUUGUCACUUCUAUGGAUUCUGGUGGGGCCUAUUUUUCUUUUUGUGUGUUUCUUCUAUGCCCUACAAGUGAGCUGUUGAUUUGCUUGUUGGCGCUGCUCACAUCAUGUGGGGGAGAUUUUCAGGUCUAGCUGGUUUCAAAGAAGCGGUCCUUCUUUGUCUUUGUUGUUUUCCUGGUACUUUGCUGUCAAAGUGAUACUUUCAUAUAGCUACAUUUCAAAGAGUACAUCUUGGUUGCUUUGCUUGGUUUGAUGGUCGUGUCCUGUCCUAUACGUCUUGCUGUAAAGCCUUGGAUCUACCUGUAUCUAUUUAUCCAAGAGCACAAGCAAAUCAUUUUCGGUCAUGCGUGCUUCCAGAGAAGGGGUUUCUCUUUCUCUUUUUUUAAAUCUUGUUGGCGCUUUACUAUCAAGCAGAGUCCUGGAUCUAGCUACUUUUUGGCAAAGUGCAUCUUUGUUUUCUUGCUUGAUUUGUUGGCUGCCUCACUUUUUCUUUCUCAGGCAAAAUAUAAUAGCCAAAAGAAAAUAAAAGAUGUACAACAUGAACAAAUCUAAACCGUGGCUAGCCAAAAACAAAUUGUUAGAAAUGGGGUUGUUAGAGGUGGCUUGACAUUUUAAAAUGACAAAUUAAAAUGAUUGUUUUCCUUAUUUUGAAGUGGUAGUAAAUAGCAACUACCUGGCAAGACUCAACUAAGGCUAAGUGCUUCAAAGGCUUAUUGUAUUGCUACAUGUUUCUGUUUCUUAUCCACUCACCCAUUGUAGUGCAAGUUUGUGUUCUUGGAUUUCUUUCCCUCCAUUUCUUUUUUUGGUGAGCGGGUGAGCUAAUUGGGCUACUUUCCUCUAGGUCUGUUGCAGCAAUUGAAUGCUUCAAAGGAUUUUAGUGGAGUUCAUUGUAGUUGGGUCGCGAAUCUCCAACUUGCUUCCAUGUCUUUUCUCACUGGAGACACCUCCCGUCGGCGAUGGCGAUGACCGCUACCCUGCUCCUCUCCCAGCAAAGUCAGGUCUACCUCUCCUGUGAAGAUGUAGCAGAACACAUGUUCGUAAUUGAUACACCUAGGCUCAGCUUCUCUAUUGGUAUGAAGGCGUGGAGCGUGAUUCUCUUGUUUUCAACUCGAGGCGAUCAGGCCAGUAAACAUGCUAAGCUUGCCUGGCUGGCACACACGCUUAGGCACAACAAUCGGCCCCGGCACCGCGCGCCAAGGCGCGCUGCAGCUUCUGGCUCUUUUGCUCCCAAGCUGGCCUCGCUUUCCUCGGUGGUCAGCGGGAGAAGCAUGAGGCGCUGCACCUCUGACCCCGUAGUGCUCAGCUCCAAUUCAUCAGGGAGGCCAGCGGCAAGCAUCAAGUUUCCCUUGGUGCUUCCUCAUCAAGGAGGACGACUCGGGCAGCGCCGUCCUCAAGGUUGCUAUCACUCCUCGGCACUCCGCAGGAUAGGCACAGCCGCCACCACACCGCAGAGAUGGACGAGGAUGUGAUGCUGCUCCUUCUUGUGGUGUAUGCGUUGGCGUGGCUUGCGGUAGUGAGGCAUAUCCUCGUGGGCAAUGCUAUUUGAAGACCAUUCAAGUGAUUUAAAAGAGAAAAUGUCCAGAAUGUAAGGAGGUUGAAGAUGACGAUCAAAAGAUUGACAUAUUAAGCCACUGCCAAGAUGCCAAUAAUGCUUGCCCCUGCCAUUAGUAAUACCCUUGCUCUUCUUUAUGAAAUCUUUCCUAUUAUAUAUUGAUGCAUCAACUAUCGGUGCAGAUUGCGAGAUCCCUAUUUAAAUGCAUUCCCUAUUUAAAUGCA